UAUGUUUGCAACGCGGCGUCCUGAGUCAUUGAUGGUCUUAUGAAAACACUGAGCCAUCAUUUUGAUAGCAUGCUCUAAUAGUGUACGAGUCCUUGAGGAUUGUAUUCUAAGAAAUGUGUAAGCACAGAUCCUAGUCGAUCUCGAGCCUGUCAUGCAGCCCUACCUCAUGGAGAUGUCACCGGCAUGCUUCCGCUUCCGUUAAUCGGAGGGCUGGUCAAACUCCGACCUGAACGUUUCGCUCCCCGAUUGAUGACGCCCCAGUCAUCCUCUUUCAACUACCACCUCUUCCAUACCUUUGCCGGAACAGACACUGGGGAUAAGAUGGAGAAGAUCACAGAUAAGAUUGCGGCUUUGCCGCCGGAUGCAAAUUACUUCUCUUUGGAGUUUUUCCCUCCAAAAACUCAGAUGGGAUUUGCUAACCUUCAAGCCCGUUUGGAGCGUAUGGCACAAGCCUUGCGGCCGUUGUUUGUCACCGUCACCUGGGGCGCUGGAGGUACCACUGCACAGAGAUCGUUGGAGCUGGCGGAGAUCUGCCAGCGCCAGUUGCAAUUGACAACAUGUUUACAUCUCACAUGCACCAACAUGAGCCGUGCCUUGGUAGAUGAGGCACUAGAAGAGGCCAAGGUCUUGGGUAUUCGCAAUAUUCUGGCUCUUCGUGGUGACCCGCCGCGCAGUGAAGAAUACAACAUGCAUGGAGAAGACGAUAGCAACAAGGACUUUACAUUCGCUGUAGAUCUCGUACGAUACAUUCGCCAAAAAUUUGGUGAUUACUUCUGUCUAGGUGUGGCCGCCUAUCCAGAAGGCCACCCAGUCGAUUCUUUCCAAGAUGUUCAAGAUCCGAAGAAGGAUCUCCCAUAUUUAGUGGAGAAAACCCAGGCGGGCGCAGACUUCAUAAUGACACAGUUGACAUAUGACAUUGAAGCUUACACUAAAUUUGAGAAUAUGUUACGGAACCAUGAAUCUGGCGCAUUCAAAACUAUCCCUAUCAUUCCUGGCUUGAUGCCAAUCCACAGCUACAAGAUCUUGACGAGAGUGACGAAACUCAGCCAUGUUAAAAUUCCGCCUCAUAUCCUUUCGAAACUAGAAGAAGCGAAACACGACGAUGAUGCUGUGAAACGCAUCGGUGUGGAUAUAAUCAGCAAUAUUGUGGGUGGUGUUAGGGAUAUCCCCUCUCCUGGGCUCCGAGGUUUCCACUUCUACACUCUGAAUCUUGAAAAGACAGUGUCAUUCAUUCUCGAACGCUGCGAUCUCAUUCCCCCAUAUUCCGAGGACUUUGAUGCAUUAGAAGAUGGAGGGGAUAUCUCUGCUAUGGACGGGGCUCAACUACGUUCUCUAACGAGACGGCGGGCCUCGUCUAUCAAUUCUCUUCCGCAUAAUCGGGUCAUUGUAGACAAGCUACAGAUUUCCGAAGGAUCAUCAAAAGCCUCCGUCUCACAUGAAGCUCCUGCGACAAGUGCUGGAAUGCCUGCGAUGCCACCAGAUCGCAGCACAACCCUUCAGAUUUCGGAAGGUCUUGGUGCCCUUGGCAGGGAGGCCACCUGGGAUGACUUCCCGAACGGUCGCUGGGGUGAUGCUCGUUCACCAGCAUUCGGUGAAAUUGAUGGCUACGGCCCAUCGUUGCACGUUCCCCCUUCGGUUGCUCACCGAAUCUGGGGUUUCCCAGUGUCUCGUGAAGACAUCAGUACCCUCUUCCGCCGCCACGUCUCGGGUGAGUUACACAUGGUCCCAUGGUCAGAGGGUGGUGCCGAGGAAGGCAGUCCCGGUUUGAAUGCGGAAACAGAGAUUAUCCGGUCGGACCUUCUAAAACUCAUUGAUGGUAAUGGCUGGUGGACGUUGGCAUCCCAGCCAGCUGUGAAUGGCGUUCGCAGCGAUGACCCUAUAUUCGGCUGGGGUCCUCCCCGCGAGGGAUUUGUCUUCCAGAAACCGUUCGUUGAGUUCUUCUGCCCAAGCGAAGACUACCAGUCGGUACUCAAGCCAUUACUUAAGAAACACGGUCAUGAAAAACUUGCCUGGUUCGCAGCCAAUGUAAAGGGUGACUUCGAAUCUUCCUUGCCAGCCCAAACUUCCGACGCCGAUCCCAUUGAGAUGAACCCGAACAACGUCAACGCCGUGACAUGGGGCGUCUUCCGUGGAAAAGAAAUUGUUACCCCCACUAUCAUCGAAGAAGUCAGUUUCCGCGCUUGGGGCGAGGAGGCGUUCCGUAUAUGGGAUGAAUGGCGCCGCAUCUAUCCACGCAACUCUGCAACCGAGCGCUUCCUCAACGAUAUCCAGCACGAUAUCUGGCUCGUCUGUGUUGUCGGUCAGGACUUCGGAGCGGGAACCGAGAUGGGAUCGGAGGAUGAGGAGGAUGAGAAGAAGUGGAUGUGGAAGGUUCUAGCGAAUGCUAAAUAAGCUCUACUUUGUCUCAAGUAGUGAGAUGUAUAAAAUACGGACCAAGGAACAUUAAGUAUCAUCUUCCCACGAUCAUGAUUCUUUCAUUGCAUAAUGAUCUUAUAACCAAUCAUAACCACGUUGUAAUCAUUUACA